GAGCUGCAGGAGAGGAGGCUUCCCGCUUCAAGACUCAGCACUGACACAAACUGCUGCCAGCAAGAGCCCCAAACCCAAACUGAUGGCUUAUAGAGAUGCAGAGUCCCGCGCUGAGCCUGGCUGGGUCUGCCUAUGGAACCACACCUGUGUUUACAAAGGGUCUACAAAACAUAAGAGCUACCAAGGGUCAGUUGGUGGUGUUUGAGUGUCGUGUUCACUCCACACCCACCCUGCAGGUUCACUGGUACAGGGAAUAUGACCAGAUCGUGGAUUCUGCUGAUUUCCGAAUACUGCGGAAAAAGGCUUGUUCAUCAGCAGUUCCUGAGGAAGUCUGCACCCUGGUUAUUACAGAAGCUUUUCCAGAAGACUCUGGAAUAUUUAAAUGUGUUGCUGAAAAUGAAUUUGGGUCUGCAGCAUCCAGUGCACAUCUCUCUGUCUCCCCAGGAGCUAAAGAGCUGGAAAGCUUUGGAGGUGCUGCCCCCAGGGCAGCUGUGCAGGUCACCAUGAAGAAACCCACCUUCCCCAGGAACAGCCAGGCUGGAGCCAAGGACCGUGGGGCAGCUGCUCUGCCAUCCUACAGCCCAGAGAGCCCCGGGCUGGGCACUCGAGCAGCAGCCACAAGCUUUGGCCAGAACUCCAAGAGCCAAGCUGGAGACUUCCAUGGAGCUUAUGAAAAUUCACCUCGGGCUUCACCUCUGCGGUAA